UGUCAUUGGAGUUAUUAAACAGAAUUUUGAGUGUUCGCAAACAAAAUGUUUCAUGCAAUAUACUUUUGUUACUUAAAUCACAAAAGAACUAUUUUUCUGCACACUCCAUGUUGUUUACUGUCCUGACCCAUUCACUUUACCAUGUAAAGAGAGCAGAGUUGUCCAUGUUUGUUUGUCCAGCUGAAGGAGAGACAGUGACUGGAUCCAAUAUGUACAGUCAUGCAGUGUUACUGCUCAAAACUGAACCGGUCACCACAAAUAAACCAUAUCUGAGCACUGUGCUCAUCCCAACAGAGAACAAAAUCCAGACAUCAAUCCAUACAUCUACAGGAGGUCUCUGGUUCCAUGCGGUUAGUUUCAUAGGUGGUAUGAUGCUGGCCUUUGUUAUCAUAAUGAGUGUUGCUCUGGGCUACAAGUUGGCCUGCUCACAACGUGAAGUGCGCUACAGAGCCAUUGAGGAACAUGAUGCCAUCAUAUGAAAAUGGAGCCAGGGAAAAAAACUAGGGACAACACAUACACUUCACUUCCAUGUAGAAGCUUAUGUCUCAAAAAGUGAUUUUGUUAAUGUUAAAAAAUGAUUAAGGGUCAAGGGUCUCUGAUUGUUAUGAUAUAUUUCAUAUUGUAAUCUCCAAUAGGUUGUGCCAUAUUGGAGAUAUUUGAUCAUUUUCUAAAUUUCUUGAAAUGUAUACUUGGACUCAAAUGUAUUCAGUCAAGUUUUUGUGUGUAAAACAGUCUAGUAUUUGUACCGCAGGACAUUUUAAUGAGUUGGGUUUGUACUAAAGUUACUUCAGUGUACACUGUAAGGGUAUUUGAAAAUACUUUUCUUUGAUAUUUUUGAAAGGGGUUGUUGAUAUUAUUGUUAACACUUCACAAUAAGGUUCCUUUUGUUAACAUUAAUUAAUGCAUUUGGUAUCAUGAACUAACAAUGAAUAUUUUUUACAGCAUUUAUUAAUCUUUAAUUCUAGUUAAUAAAAAUACAAUUGUUCAUUGUUAGUUCAUAGUGCAUUAAUGUUAACAUAGUAAUACGUUUUUAAAAUCAAAAGUUAUAUACGAUGAAAUUAACAUUAACCAAUAUUAAUAAAUGAACACUAUACAAUAAGGCUUCAUUUGUUAACAUUAACAACAUGAGUUAACAUGAACUAAACAAUGAACAGAGCUCUUACGCAUUUAUUCAUCUUAGCUAAUGUUAAUUUCUAAAUUCAAAGUUGUAUUAGUUAACGCACUAUGAACUAAUAAUGAACAGUAGUAUAUUUAUUAACUAACAUUAACAAAGAUUAGUAAAAAAUGUAAAAUAUAUUGUUCAUUGUUUGUUCAUGACACCUAAUACAUUAAAUAAUGUUAAUGAAUAGAACCUUAUUUUAAAGUGUUACCAUUUUAUCUUUACCUGCCCUUUUUGCACAACAGUAGCCUACACUUCAAUGUAAAACAGCUUGGACAUUUGCUCAGACACAAUCUACAAUACAUGUAUAGUUAUAUAUUCUUUGCUCACAAUGCAGAAGACGUCAUGAUCUGAUCAAAAGACCACAUCUACCAAAGUAUAUACUUUAUUCCAGGCCAAUUUUAAAGUAAUAUGUAAAGAGAUACAAUGAAACAGAACUUAAGGUUCUAAAGUACAUGCACAUACAUUGAUUAAAAAAAAAAAAAAAGAGAGAGAGAAUAAUAAAUGUAUAUAAAUUCAUUCUGGGUGCAUUUAAAGAAAAUUAAAUACCAAUCCAUUAACUUGUGUGAUUAGUACUACAACUAAAAAACAAAAAACAAAAAAAAAAAAAAGUAAACAUUUA